AUGGAGUACAGAAAUCGCAUUCCCGUUUUCCUCGCCAUGUUUUCCGUGCUGUCUUGCACUGCAUUCAUCCCGUGUCUGGUAGCAGCUCAGAACUCUGCCCCACGACUGACGCAACGCGCUCCUUUCGAUAAUAUGUACUAUGUAGCCAAGGGCGAGUGGGUCUGCAGUAAGAAGCAGCUUCGAGAAAUUGGUAACACCGUUGCCGAGACGGUUAAAUACGCUCGCCAGGCUAUCGAUGUUCUUCAAGUCCCGGGGGCCGAAGACUCAGAAGCAUACCAAACAUGGUUUGGGCCUUCGAACGCCAACACCCACGCGAAGACGAGAAUCAUAGAUCAUCACUACCGUAUUGCCUUCGAGAACCUGGGGCAGCCGUCAAUACCGGUAACUUUGAAUUUAGGCGGCAUACAGCAAUUCCAAGUAGCAGGCCACGUGCCGCCUGUAACAGCGGGUUCUAUGGUCUACGCUUGUCCUGAAAAGAAGGAGAUGAUGGUAUGCAAAAGCGCUACAGCUGCUGUCGUUGGCCCAGCGCCAAACGCGAAAAGUCCUCUGGGUACCACGAUGAUUUACUUUUGUCCUGAAUUCUUUAGCUCAAGGAGAAUCUCCGAAACCGAGAUGAAGAAGCAGUGGGGACAAACAUCAAGUGGCCAGAUGUCUCGCGGCAUGAUUCUGCUCCACGAGCUUCAGCAUAUGGCAACUGCUACAACAAAUAGCGAGCAUUGUUCAGACUAUGCCUAUGAGCCAGAACUGUGUAAAUCUCUAGGGGAUGGUCGCAAGAUACGGAAUGCCCAAAACUACGCUUUAUUCGCUCUCGACGUCUCAGUUAAUCCUAAUAAGGGAAAGCCUGGCUCUAAGUAG